AGGAAAUGAAGGAGAUUGAUUUGGCGGCACGGCAGUGGGCGUUUGAAAAUGCAGAAGUUGCAAGCGCAAAGCAGCAGAGAGCACAAAGCAGAGAGUCUAAUAACCUUACUGAAGAAAUGUUCAUCGACGAAAACAGUCCAACAAGUGCACACCCAAAUGGUAGUGAACUCAAUCCACAAACCCAACCAUCUUCUCUCCCAAACCAUACACAUCAAACACUACCCCUACGCUUCCCUUCUCUUCUCCCACAUCGCUCCUCACCCCAAUGACUACGCUUUCAACAUCAUGAUUCGCGCCCUCACCACCACCUGGCACCACCACGCCCUCUCCCUCUCCCUCUUCUACCGAAUGAAGUCUUUGGGCCUCACGCCCAACAACUUCACCUUCCCCUUCUUCUUCCUCUCCUGCGCCAACCUCACCCACUUCCACCACGGCCGUUUGGGCCACUCUUUGGUGUUCAAACUUGGACUUCACUCUGAUCCACACACUACUCAUUCUCUCAUUACCAUGUACGCGCGGUGUCGUAAAUUGUGUUGUGCGCGCCAGGUGUUUGAUGAAAUUGCUCACAGGGACUUGGUGUCGUGGAACUCCAUGAUCUCGGGGUAUGCCAAGACGGGGUAUGCCAGGGACGCCGUGGAGGUGUUUGGGGAGUUGAGGAGGGAGGGGUUUGAGCCUGAUGAGAUGAGUUUGGUGAGUGUGCUUGGUGCUUGUGGGGAGUUGGGGGAUUUGGAGUUGGGGAAGUGGGUGGAGGGGUUUGUUGUGGAGCAUGACAUGAGGCUUAAUUCGUAUAUAGGCUCCGCUUUGAUUAGUAUGUAUGCUAAAUGCGGGAAUUUGGGAUCGGCUAGGAGGAUCUUUGAUGGAAUGGCGAAGAGAGACGUGAUCACCUGGAAUGCAGUGAUAUCGGGAUAUGCUCAAAAUGGAAAGGCGAAUGAAGCAAUCUCUUUAUUCCAUGGCAUGAAGGAGGGUGGUGUUAGUCCAAAUAAAAUUACCUUGACUGCAGUGCUGUCUGCGUGUGCCUCCAUUGGGGCUCUGGAUUUGGGGAAACAGAUUGAUGAAUAUGCAUUGCAAAGAGGAUUUCAGCAUGAUAUUUUUGUGGCUACUGCAUUGAUUGAUAUGUAUGCUAAGUGUGGGAGUUUGGGCAGUGCAGAGAGAGUUUUCAAAGAAAUGCCCCAAAAAAAUGAAGCUUCUUGGAAUGCAAUGAUCUCUGCACUUGCUUCUCAUGGCAAAGCCAAGGAAGCCCUAUCACUAUUUCAGCGCAUGUCAAAUGAGGGUGGCGGUGCUCGCCCCAACGAUAUAACGUUUGUAGGGUUGCUUUCUGCUUGUGUGCAUGUAGGCCUGGUUGCUGAGGGCUAUAGAUUGUUUGAUAUGAUGAGUACAUUGUUUGGAUUGGUACCAAAAAUUGAGCACUACUCUUGUAUGGUUGAUCUUUUGGCACGUGCUGGUCAUUUGCAUGAAGCUUGGGAUCUCAUUGAGAAAAUGCCUGAAAAACCAGAUAAGAUCACAUUGGGUGCUUUGCUUAGUGCCUGUAGAAGAAAAAAAAAUGUAGAUGUAGGCGAACGAGUUAUGCGGCUGAUUCUGGAGUUGGAUCCUUCAAGUUCUGGGAACUAUAUCAUCUCAUCAAAAAUAUAUGCAAAUUUGAAUAUGUGGGAUGAUUCCGCAAGGAUGAGAUUGUUGAUGAGAGAGAAGGGUAUCACGAAAACUCCUGGUUGUAGCUGGAUUGAAAUUGAGAAUUGCUUGCAUGAAUUUCAUGCCGGUGAUGGCUUAUGCCUUGACUCCAUAGUUAUAAGUAACACAUUUAUUUUGCUCCAUGAGGAGCUCAAAAGGGAAGGGUAUGUCCCAAAAAUUGUUGAAUAGAUUUGUGAGCUGUGUAGGGCUAAAGAUAAUUUUAUUGGAAGUGGCACUCAGCUAUAUCAGCUCAAUUAUUCAUGUUUGUUGGAUUUGUUUCACCAGAUAAGUGUGAUCUGACGGUACAUAUCAAUAUAUAACGGGAACCUUAUUUGUUUCCUGUUGAUGUUUGUAUCCGUUUGUACAUAAAGCUGGGAUAUAGAUCGUUUAAAGAGGAGAAGCCUCUGGAAUUUACAUCUGCUCAAAUGCCAUAUAGAAAUAUGAAAAGGAAAUUUUUAUGAAACAUAUGCUGCUGUCUUUUGGAGUAUCCAUGGGCAUCUCUGCUUCCACUUUUGACACAUUCUUGAACCUUUGGCCCUAAGGCGUUUUUCACUUUGUCAAUUUAGGGGAAAAUCUAAGAACUCAUUUUUCUUCUUCGGGAGAACAAGGUUUUGUAUUGACGAGGGACACAUCCGAGGCCAGUUGGAUCUUUUGCUUUCAGGGAAUGUAGCUCUUUUGUGUAUCAUAUGAGCAAGAACCUAAAGAGAAAUUUAAAAUUUUGACACCAUAUUUAUAUUUGAUAUUGACCAAUGUAGGCUUUGUUAUAGUAUGGCAACAAGGAUUAUUUUACAGAUCGGAUGGAAUAAAGAUUUUUCCUUGGGCAUCGAUGCAGAUUCAAUGGAGAAUGUUGAUAAAAUGAUUUGCUACCGUGAGAUGAAAGAAGUGUAAACAAAUAAUGUGUACCCUUUAGUUCUUUUUGUAUUUCUCUUAUUGUUCUAUGAUGUGACCAAAUUAUUCAAAAUCAUGAGAUAUCUUGAGUUUAGGGUAUUUCGUAGUGGACUUUCAUUGUUCUUCUAUGAGAUAAUCGGCCUUUCAGUUUAGAUGGUAUUAAAAGUGCCUCCUGUAAUGUGUGCUUGGUAGCUAAUGCUCUAGCCCCUGCCUGGAAGAGUAAUCCUGUGUGCAAGUAACAUUUACACACCUAUCUCCUUUGGGCCAAAUGGUUGCAUCUUCCCAUUUCUUUGUAUCGUGACAUUUUAUCCGGGAGCUUGAAGCACGUUCUUUUCUACCAUUUACUUUCUGUAAUCUUCAUUCCAUCACCAGUAUUUACAUGACCCCUUUACUGUUCGAACUUUUGAUGCGCUGUCAAAUUCUUGAGCGAAACUCCAAAUUCAACUUGAAAAUUUUUACAAGGGGUCACAUUAGUCCUUGAUAAUAUAAAUUUUCACAUU